AUGAAGGAACCUUCUGAUCAUGAUUCAGAUGGGUGGAAGUCAGAUAAAUCAAAGAGUAGUAAACCUCCAUCUCGGUUAUCCACUGUGUCAAGAUAUGGUUCACGAUAUAUGGAAGACAAUGCGGAUGAAACUCAAGGGGAACCAUCAUAUUUUGAUGACACUGACUCAGAUUUGGAAGGAAGUUCAAGUUCAUUUCAAGAUGAUUUUGAAGAAAGCAAUUCUCGACCUAUGGAAAGCUCUGCCCCAGCAGCAGAAGAGAAACAGGAGGAAGUUAAGAAGAAACUAUCAAUUAAUUUCUACUACAAUUACCUGGAUCUAGUUUCAAGGCCUUUUGUUACUUCAGCCUCACUUGUACCAUUGGAUAUUCUUACGCUUGUACAUUCCUUUGGUUAUGACUGCCGAAAGCGGGCCAACCUACAACUUCUAGGCAAUAGAACUAUAUUGUAUGUUGCUGGGAACCAACUGGUCUUUAUGGAUUUGGUAACCAAGGAACAGAUCUAUCUUCAUAGUAGCAGUGGUAGAGGAAUUGGUGUUAUUGGGGUUCAUCCCGAAAAAACUUACUUCACAGUAGCUGAAAAAGGAAAUUAUCCAAAUAUUAUCAUCUAUGAAUUUCCUUCCCUGAAACCCUACAGACUUCUUAGAGAUGGGGCCAGACUGGGGUAUGCUUAUGUGGACUUUGACUGCUAUGGUUCCAUGCUUGCCUCUGUUGGGAGCAGCCCUGAUUAUACAAUGACCAUUUGGAAUUGGAGAGAAGAACAGCCUAUACUGAGGACAAAAGCUUUUUCCCAGGAUGUUUUUAAAAUUACUUUCAAUCCUGAAAAUGAUGAGCAGCUGACUACAGCAGGAUCAGGCCACAUCAAGUUCUGGGAAAUGGCUCAAACAUUCACUGGUCUUAAGCUUCAGGGUUCAUUGGGUCGUUUUGGUAAAACAGCCACUACUGAUAUAGAAGGUUAUGUGGAGUUCCCGGAUGGAAAGGUGCUCUCAGGUUCAGAAUGGGGAAACCUCUUGGUUUGGGAAUCUGGCCUCAUCAAAGUGGAGCUCUGUCGCUCUGCAAGAAAACCCUGUCACCAGGGUCCCAUUAAUCAGAUAGUGCUGGAUGAGGGAGAAGUUAUCACUAUUGGGUCUGAUGGAUGGGUUCGGAUAUGGGACUUUGAGACGAUAGAUACUGCUGAUAUGAUAGAUGAUACUGGAAUACUAGAGAUUGAGUCCAUUAAUGAACUCCAAGUCGACAAGAAUGUCAAACUCUUCUCCAUGAUAAAAAUGAAUCAAGUUGGAAAUAAUGUUUGGUUGGCUCAGGAUGCCAAUGGAGCCAUAUGGAAACUUGAUCUCAGUUUUUCAAAUAUUACUCAAGAUCCAGAAUGUCUCUUCUCCUUCCAUUCCGGGCCCAUUGAAGCCUUGGCUCUUUCUCCUGUCACAUAUCUCAUGGCCACUACUGCUUUGGACUGCUCUAUUCGAAUCUAUGAUUUUUCUAGUAAAACAGCUUUGACGCAAAUGAAAUUCAAACAAGGAGGUACUGCCCUUGUUUGGGUACCCCAAAUCGUAAGCUUAUCUGGAUCACAAAUUAUUGCAGGAUUUGAAGAUGGGGUGGUUCGAAUUCUCGAACUCUAUGAUCCAAAAGGACUCCAACUUUUUUCAGGACGGAAGAAAAUUGCAGAUGCAGAAAUUCGUUUGAAACAAGCUUUUAAACCCCAUACUGAACGUGUCACUGCUUUAGCUUUUGAUCGUGAUGGAGAUGUUUUAGCUACAGGGAGUAAAGAUCAAACAGUAUUCUUCUUUGAUGUGGAAAGGGAUUACAAACCCAUUGGUUAUAUUACUACUCCUGGACCUGUUGCCCAUUUAAUGUGGUCUCCAGUCACACAUCCUGAAAGCACUUUGCUUAUUAUCUGUGAAAAUGGCUAUGUUCUUGAAGCUCCACUUCCAGUCACAAAGGAGGAAGAUGAUGAUAACAAUGUCGCCUCCUUUGAAAUCAAAGACAUGUGCAUAAAAUAUUUCCACUUCUCAAGUGUCAAGUCCAAGAUUCUGAGAUUCAUAGAAAUGGAAAAGAGAAAGAGACUGAAAGAACAGAAGGAAAGUGCAAAGGAAGAAAUGAAACAGAAAGUUAGAGAGAUGGGAGAAGAUCCAGAAAAGGAGAUAAAUGAUGAUUCGGAACUAGAGGAGGAAGAGGAGCCAUUACCACCAAUCUACAUUCCACCAACCCCCUGCAAUAUCCUCUCCGGAUUUUACUCUGAGCCAGGAAACUUUUGGGUUUCAUUGGGUGGCUAUGAUUCUGGCUUUCUCUAUCACUGUAAAUUCCCACCAUAUGACAAAGACAGUGACAUCACAGAAAAAAAAGAUGAACCUUUUGAUUUUCGUUUUCUUGAGGAUACAGAGGGUAAUUCAGUCCAAACUAUAGCUUUCAGCUAUAACAGAAUUAUGAUGUUUUGUGGGAUGCAAAAUGGAGCAAUUCGUGUCUAUGUAAUAGAAGAAUAUAAUCCUUCACUGACCAACCUGAAAGACUACUGGCACUUCAAUGUGCAUGAUAGUGACUAUGGAUGCAUUAAAGACUUAUCUAUUAGCUUUGAUGAUCGGUUCUUGGUGACUGUUGGAGCAGAUAGUAAUAUUUUUGUUUUUGAUAUUAUUUCUGAACUUGAGUUAGAGAAAGGCAUGAAAGCUAAAUUACCACCUCCCAGGGUUGGAAUUGAAUCAGAGCCAAUUGCAGAAGAUAUUGAUGAUCCUAAAGCCUACAGUAUUGAAAAUGCCAGAAGAAAAAGAGAACAUGACAAGAUAAUGAAAGAAGUAGAAGAAAUAAAGGCUAAGAAGAGAGAACAACUAAAAAACUUGAGGAGUGAAUUUCAGAAACUACUAGAAAUAAAUGAGAAAUUACCAAAGCAUAUGCAGUUUAAACGAACAGAUUUUGAUAUAGACUCUAGAAUUCGUGCAGAGAUAAAUAAAAAAACAGUUCACAAAAUUCAACAAGUGGAAAAAGAAUUAGCUUGGGAAAAAGAAAAACAUUAUCUUGGCCUAAUGAAGCUGCAAAAUAGAUUUCAUGAUGCACUGGAAAGUGAUGUUAUUGUGGUUCAUGCCAUACAAAGUGAUCAUAAGAUAUCUUCCUAUAGACUGGUAAAGCCUUCCAAGUACUCCAAAACCAAACGGGCGAGUCUAUCAGAAAGAAGAAUGAGUAAAUUUGAGAGGUUUGAUAAAGAAGGAAUUGUAAGAAAGGAAAGCCGAAGAGAAUCAGGUAUGGUUGUUGGUGUUAGAAAUGACUCAGUUAUAGCAGAAGGAAAGAAAUUACGGCCUAAAACUUUAAGUGAAAUUAUGGUGCAUAAUCAAAUUGAAAAAACACGGAAACUAAUGCUAAAAGCCGAAAAGGCACAACAGAAGAUUCAGCAGAGAGAAAAGGAAUGGGAGGAAUUGUACAGGAGUAAACCUGAUGAUGACUAUGAAGAUCCCAAAGAUAUUCAAGCCAUUAGAGAGGCUCAGUUGUAUAUGGGAGAUUUUAAUUUGAAGACAGCUCCAGACUAUAAGAUACCUGAGCACAUGAGAAUAAAUGCUGCCAAGAAGGAAGAGGAGCUGGGACACCUAGACUCUGUGGUCCACUCAAAGAAAAUGCAGAUGAAUAAGAGUAUUGUCUCACUUAGAGACCUUAAAGUGGCUGUUAUUGAAGAAAUACAGUGCCUGGUACAAGAACUGAAGAAUAUUCAUUUGAGUCUUCCUGUGUCCAACCGUCUCCCCAUUCCUAAAAUUCCUAUGAUACACCCAGAAGAAGUCCCAGAAAAGAGAUUUCAAUAUAAUGAUGACAUUCUCCUGGCUUUCAAGAAAGAGCAAACCAAAAAAAAGGAAGAAAAAUCUAUCAGCUCAGAGCACACACUGGUGUCAGGCCCAGAAGAAAAAAUUUUUAAGCUGGCUCAUGGAAGAGAUGGUGAAGUGACAACACGAGAUUCAUUGUUGAGAGCCUCGAAGGGGUCGAUUUUCAAUAUUGAUGUUCCAAAGGUAGUGGAAUUUGACCCAGUAGAGUCAACUGAUAUAGAGCUGGAGAUUAUGAAGAGAGAUGAGAUUAAACACAUUUAUAUGCAACAAUAUUUGUUGAACAGGAUCCAAGAACUGAUUGUCACUUUUGAUGCAGAGCUUCGUCUCUUAAGACAUCAGAAACUGAAACUAGAUACUCAAAUAAAAUUAGCUGACCUGCACCAUCUCACAUUAUUUGAAGAAAUGCAUCUUCUAAAGAAUUUUGAAAAGCAGGAAAAUAUACUUCAAGAGCGUGUUAAUUCAUUAGACAAAGAGGAACAGGAUAUGCAAUGGAAAAUAAAUGAUAGUUUUAAAGAGAUGGAAGAGAAGAAGAACGAAAUUGCCAGGCUCCAGGAACAAGAAAAGGCACUGUAUGCUACAUUUCAAGCAGCCCUUGGAGAAAACAAUAAAUUUGCUAACUUUCUCAUGAAAGUUUUAAAGAGGAAGAUCAAGAGAGUGAAGAAAAGGGAAGUUGAAGGAGAAGCUGAUGAAGAAGAUGAAAGUGAUGAAUCAAGUGAAGAAGAAUCCAGCAUGGAGAGUGAUGAGGAUGAGUCUGGAUCAGAAGAUGAAGUUUUUGAUGAUUCCAUCUGCCCAACAAAUUGUAAUCCAACUCUUUUUGAAAUGGCCAUUCAACUUCGAGAGAAAAGGCUAGAUAUUGAGGAGGCCUUGGUUGAAGAAAAAAAAGCCUUGGAUAACCUCAAAAAGGAAUAUGACACCUUGUCCAAAAAAGUAAAAAUUGUGGGAACUAAUCUGAAUGCUGCAGAGGAAGCUCUGGAGGCCUAUCAGAGAGAGAAGCAGCAACAGCUAAAUGAACUGCUAGUUGUGAUUCCACUCAAGCUUCAUCAGAUAGAAUAUAUGAUAUUUGGAGAAAUACCUAGUGAUCUUUCUGGAGCUUUGGUUUUUUCUAACGCCUCCUUGAGUCGGCUACAAGAACGAAUUGUACAGCUUCAUGAGGAAAAUAUCAAACAGAACAAACUCAACAGAGAAUUCCGGGAGAGGCGUAAAUUGCUUAUCAGAGAAAAGAGAGAAAUGGCAAAAAAUAUACAGCAAAUGGAGGAAACGGUCCAUAAUCUAAUGAUCAGCAAGUUUGGCCGUGUGAUAAACCUACCAGCCCUUCAGACACUUUCUGUGAAUACAACACUUGAAGAACUAAAGAUCAAAAAACUUCGAAAGGAGAUAUCAAAUGAAAGGGAACUGAGGCAGUGGGAGGAAAAGAUCGCUCAAGUGCGAAGGGAAGUUAUGAUGAAAACACAAGAACACACCAAAAAGCUUCAUCAAAUGAAUGAUUUAUGUGUUGAAAAGAAGGAGCUUAAUUCUCGACUGAAUACACUACAAAACCAGCAGGGCAAUGCCUUCCAGGGGCUUCGGAAAGCAGACAUUGUGGCAAGAGAGAAGACCAAACAGUUGAUCAAAUUCCAGGCAGAAAGAAUUUUGGCCUUAAAAGAAGAAAUUGCUCAUUUACGCAGGAAAAGUGGUAGAAUCCUUCCACCCAUUCAAGCUCCAACACAGAACUAG